CAAUCGCAGCAGCGGGAGCGGCAGCUGCUGCAGCCGCAGUGGCAGCAGCGGCGGCGGCGGCGGCAGCGGCUCCCCGCGAGUGCAGGAGCUUGGUUGGAUCACCGGCGACGCUUCACUGCCCCGACUUUGCAUGCACCUGCCCGCCUCUGCCAGGAAGAACCGGGGGUGGCGGGGUAUCGGGGCGCGGUUGGGAGGAGCCGGCACUCCAGAGCCUUUGAAAUGAACGUACCGGAUCCAGGUCCCGCAGCCGCCGCCGCCGCUGCCGCUGCUUUCAUGAUGCUGAUGGUGGACGGGGACAGGGACCGGGACGGGGGAAGGGUUGGGGACAGGGAGCAGUCGGAGUCACAGUCCGAGCCGCUACACAACGGGGCGCAGGAGCUCGCCCUCUUCCUCACCCCUGAGCCCGGGGCCGAGGUGAAGGAAGUGGAAGCCAAUAUUGAAGACAUGCUUCUCAGGCUGGAGGAGUUCUGUGGCCUCACUGACAUGAUCAGGAAUGACACAUCAAAGAUUCUGGAUGAAAAUAUUCCCCUUGUUAAAGCCAAAGUGAUGGAGAUGAAUGGCAUAUAUACUAAAGUGGAAAAAUUAGAGGCUUUUGUGAAGAUGGUGGGACAUCAUGUCUCCUUCUUGGAGGCACAAGUGCUCCAGGCUGAGAAAGAUUAUGGAACAUUUCCUCACAGUAUUCGAAAGUGGCUCCAGUCAACCAGUUUGCCUGCCUUCAGAAAUAAACAGUCCACACCAGUUCCACAGAUGUAUGAAUUGCCCACACUCUACAGAACUGAAGACUACUUUCCCAUGGAGAUGCCUGGAACAAAAUGUCCAACACCAUAGUGGAUAUCCACUCACUUGCAGCUUUUCCAGAGAUGCUGUUUCAAUCUCUUGAUUCCUGAUGGUGGAGAAUGAAAUAUCAUAUAUUUAACAGUUUGGCUUUUUAAGAAAAAAAAUUCAACUUUUUUCUUGCUUUUUUAUAAAAGAUUUUGUGUGAAAUGCAGCUCAAAAACUCUAUCUGUGCCCAUUUGUUCAAGAUUAGCCAGAUAGACUUUUGAAUGUUAAUGUGCACACUGUUUGGAUAUUGCCCAUAUAUAUGCAUGGUUUUCUUUUCUACUCAGUGGUGAUCAAUAAAUAAAAGUCACAGCCUUGGUUUGUUUACUGUGGAUGCCUGGAGGUCAAUUUAUUCUUCGUUUUAUUUGUGAACUCAAUAAAAAGCAUCAAACACC